AUGGUUUCAAAUAUCUGGGUAGCAGCCGCAGACAACCAGGUUAAAAUUGUUGAAUCAUAUUUGGACGAUGGUGAUUUCACACCAAACUCAAAAGAUCCAAAUGGAUACACUCCAAUACAUGCAGCAGCAUCGUAUGGUCAUAUAGGCUUAUUGAAAUUAUUGAUAAAAAGGGGAGGGGACAUCAACGUGCAAGACAAUGAAGGCGAUGCUCCAUUGCAUCAUGUAGAAGACAUUAAGACUGCCAAAUUAAUGGUAGAGGAGUUGAAGGCUAAUUGGAAGAUUAAGAAUAACGAAGGUCAAAUACCAGCAGAAUACAUUGAAGAGGACGAUGAAUUCCCGGAAUUAGCACAAUAUUUAAGAUCAUUAUCUCAUGACCAACCACAAACUAGUGUCUCUGGAGAUGACUCGCUUGCUUCGUUACCAGCUCCAGGAAAUAUAGAUGGUCACCAGAUAAGAUAUACUAUGGAAAACGAAGCACCUAGCGAAGAGGAUAGCAUUGACGAUGAGGAAAGACGUAAGAAAAUUGAGCUGAUAUUGAAUAGUGAAAACCCAGAAGAGGCAUUACGAGACCUCGUUAGAAGUGCUGUUCAAGAAGGUAUGUCUAAGUACAAGAGCGGACAAGACCUCGAAGACGACGAGGCUCCUUCAUCAAAAAAGAGAAAGGAUUAG